CUAUACGAGAUUGUGAUUGGCUUCUAGACAGAUCGGGAACACGAUUGCACCGAAUAAUACGUCUGAGUGUAGCGCAAUGGUGAAACCCGGGCGCCGCUCGGCAUGGAAAUGUCACACCGACAUCGACUUGUGAUGUUUUAAAAACAACGCCUAAAGGAGAUGUUUACAUGCAUUUACCGCAUGUUUCCCUGAAAACGUUUUAGCUGUGAUGAUUUGCAAUAAAAAUUGAGCGAAAAGAAAAAGUUGAAGCCUCAGGAUCAGAAAGAAGACUCGGAAGGUGCAUCGAUUCAACAAUGAAGCCGGGUCACCACAACCUCAACACUUGAGCUCAUCUCUAUACAAGAGAGAGAGCAACAGCAUGACAAGCUUUGGAGCUGAGGCUGAGAUGGAGCAAUAUUCAGAGAAUCAUGUCGAACUGGCGUCAUCCUGUGAGACCCCACAGUUAGAAUAUAGCAACUCAACAAAGGACCAUUCCCAUGACCAGAAGUUGAUGGAAAGGGAAUCUCCGGACAGCCCUUCUCCAGUCAAAAGAUGGGAGAUCGGUCAACUUCUGCAGUCAUUCAAAUCCAAGAUGGCCAGUUUCACAGAGAUCGUCAUGAGCCCCGUCCGGCUCUUUAAGCCCACCGACACACUGUCCUCCAUCGUACAUCCUGAACAGCUCGUUGAGUCUAAUGAGGAAAGUUCAACCUGGACUGAAGAAGGAGAGACAACAGAUGAGGAAUGUAAAAAUGGGUUGCUUUCCAAAAGGUUGUCUGCAGAAAGAGUGCAAUGUAACUCUUCUCCAAAACGCCACAGAGUUGCACAGAGGCUGCAUUUUGAAACAGUUUCAACUAGCAACCACAAACCAGUAUUGGAAUGUAAUGAAGUGUGUGAUGAUGUGAGGGUUGCCCACAAAGAAAAGAAUCGAACAGACCGUCCCUCAAGCCAACUGCGAACUGUUCUUCACAAUGGAAACUAUCCCCGUCCUACAACACAAAGCACUUUUCUCAAUUCUGAUUCAAUUCCGUCCCUAGAAAAAAAAUCAAAUUCUACUCAUGACUUACAUAGGUCAAGUCAUGCCAAUAGUGAAACAGCCUUUGGAGAUAUUAGUGAGUCAGAUGCUGUAUAUUCAGACAGUACUGCUAAAAAUUCCAGAGAUAAGCUUAAUUCUUCUAAUACUUCAUCUGAUUUAUUCUUGAAAGAUAAAGAUAGAAGCCGCAUUAAGGAAUCCAGUACACUGGCGAUAAGGAAAAGCCCUAGAAAGGUGUUUAAACAUACAUCAGAAAUGGCUGCUGAUUUGGCAUCUUCUGCUUCAGGGCCAAAGUCUCUAGAUGAUAGAAUGAAUGAUUUACACUCCAUAAAUGUUACAGAAGAGAUGCAUCGCUCCACUGAAGUAUCAGAACCUCCAAAUAGCACUUCUGUUGGGCAUGUGAGGUCAAAGAGAUGCAGAGAAGCACUUCGAACUGAGACACAGAAACACAUGGUGACAAAGCGGAAACGUCAAGGGCGGAAAGGCGAAGAUAGAGGCAUGAGACGGGCAAAGAAUAGAAAUGACAACAGCAUCACUUUUGAAGAGAAUCAGGAGGAUAUCAUUUGUGUUCAGAUGAGGAAAAAGAUUUCCACAGCACAAAAGUUCAAUACAAGCAAUAUCGCAGAUGUUGAGAUAAGAAAUUCUGACACCUCGGAGUCUUGUGACUCAACAGAAAUGGGGCUGAAAAGGACUGUAAAAACUAAUUUGAAAAAAACUAUCAAAUGUAAGUCAUUAAUGGCCUCUAGCAAUGAAGGUGAAUGUGAUGUGGCCUCUCAAAAUGCCACAGGAAAUGUUGACAAGAGCCUGCACUGCAGAAACAUGAACACCAUGAAUGAUUGUAACUACGAAUCCAGGCCUCAAGAACCAUCAGAAUUCCAGAUACAUGAGGGUGAGAAGACCAAAGCUCGAAAAACAAGACAUGUUUUUAAAACCGCAGGUGAGGUGUCUUUUCAGAAGAGGAGUCUUCGUCCACCCAAACAUAAAUUUGAGGACUAUAGUUCAACUUCAGCAGUUGAUCCAGCGGGACCUAGUGGACCUUCAAAAAGAACACUAUUUCAGAGCGAUCGGCCCUGUGGUGAAUCACAAAGGACUAUCAUCGCAGGUGAGGAGCAGAUGACAUCACUUUGCGGUCAUGAAGCAAGAGAGAACAAAAAGAAACUUACAUCACCACCAUUGCAUCCUGAAUCCACAGUUUCACUGCAGUCUGAAAGAAAACCAAACAGACCUACAAAGACUGUAAACAGACCCAAAAGAAAACAAAGGGAAAACGUAAUCGGAGCCAAGGACGAGGCAAACAUCCAAGAAAAGAUGCUAGAAGCCAUUUCUGUAGAGUCGUUGUCAGGUAGCGGCUUCAAUCGCCUCAUGCGAAGCUACUCCUGUCCUGAGCUCCCCUCCCUUGUAUUUAAUGGAUGUGAUGUACCCCCGUCCCAAAUGCAUGAAAACGGUUCUACCUCAUCCACCAAUAUAAUCACAGCAGUUCCAUCAGCAACCCAUCAGCACUCUCCGUCCAAGCGUACUCGCCGGCACACCGUCUGUAGUGUGGAGAUCGAGCGAGAGAUUGCCCCCCUGUGUCUCCGUAAAGAGGUGUACCCUGCUAGUAGGGGUGCCCCCUCCUCUCCUUAUUAUCCCUCCAACUCUUUCGCAGCUCUUGCCUCUUGUUUUCUGUCCAGUCCUUUAGCAUUUCUAUCCGAAAGCUCAAGCCACAGACGAGGUAGCGCAAAUUCUGAUGCCUCCUGCAUUACCUCUGGUUAUGUCACAACCUCAUCACCAUCCUUGUGCAGUUCCCCCUUUGCAUCCACUCUCACAUCCUCUGAUCCUGUAACUGAUCCUUUCACUGUUGUCACUCCCAGUCCCGAGAUACCUUCUGCCUCUUUGUCAUCACUUUGCAGUUCAUCACUAAGUGCUUUGGAGGGAGACCAUGAGAUACUGCAAAUGGAGUGUCGGGGGGCAAUGGAUGAAGAAGAGAGAUCAAGCUUUAGUCUUGCCAUCUCAGAGGAAAAAGCAUUUUCAGACUCUGAAAUCAAGACGGACAACAAGGAAGGUCAGGAAAUGCGAGGAAAGGUGUCUUCAAUUCGUAUAUGUAAAAAGAUUCCAAAACCUCAGAAUAAUCUCACUCCGAUGGGCCUUCCUAAAGUCAUCAGGAUAAAGAAGAAGGAUUUUAGCGUGGAGGAAAUCUAUACCAACAAAAACUUUAGCAAACCUCCUGAUGGACGUUUGGAAACCAUAUUUGAGGUGCCUCUAAACCGUCGAGAUGGCUUACAGGUUGUUGUAGGCCCAAAAAAGGUAAAGCGCUUUGUUGAAUUCCCUGAUCUGGGCGUGGUCCGGAAGCCCAAGAAGCCUCUGGUCGGUGGAACAGCAGCCCAAAGGAAAGCAGGAGUGAACACUGGCAUCUGUAGAACUAGACGAGGUGUAGUCUAGUCCAGUUUUUGGCUGGGUCCAAGUUGACGUUCAGAUUAUUUCAAUUAAGCUUUUCUGACUAAUAUAAAUGUAUAAUUGGGUGUUUAUUCUAUCUAUAAUUUUACAGCGCAAUAUUUUUUGAUGUCUGCCACCCCAAAAUCUAUCUCCUAUUUUUUGCCUCUAUGUAGGUUGUUGCUAGAAGGGAUAAAGCUAUAAUUGCAGUAAAUUACAUUCUAACCUUACAAUAAUAAAAAUAUUAAUCAACUGUU